ACUCCCGGCGCAGGACGAGAGCUCGAGGGUUGGCGGAGGUCGCGGGUUCGAUCAGGCGGCGCAGAGCUGACCUCGACAAGCGCCGCAGUGUUGCGCCCCGAGGAAGUGGCAACACCGCCUCGCUCUGCGAGACUCCUACCUCCAUGCAGACACAAACAAGAAUGUAAACAAAAUGCGCUCGCUGGCCGGAGAGUAAAUGGGAGCGACGGAAAUAGCGGGCCAGUUGGACGACAGUCAAGAGCGGGACCUUGGAAACAGCAGUGACCGAGGGCAGUAGCGCCAUGGGGUCGGGCGUAGCGCGCGAGAUACGACAGGCCCGGGUGCUGCACUGGAGCUACGUGGGGCUGGAGGAUAUCCCGGAGCGACUGAGGACGGAGGGCGAGCAGGUGCGGGAAAUAUACCUCAAGGACAACAAGCUGUCCAGACUGCCACCGUGGUUGGGCUCGCUCAGCAACCUCACCAACCUGUACCUGCACGGCAAUGAGCUGACGGCCCUGCCCGAGGAGCUGGGAGAACUGCAGCUGCUCUCGUGGCUGGAUGUGGACUCGAACCAGCUGAGCAGCCUGCCCUGCUCGCUGUGGCAGCUGCGACACCUCGCCGCCCUCGUCGUGUCGAACAACAGACUGAGCGAGCUGCCACCAGAUGUGGGCCGCCUGUCAGCGCUGGAGUAUCUGGACAUGUCCCACAAUGCCCUGCGCGAGCUGCCCGAUGCGCUGGGCCGGUGUCGGAGGCUACACGAGCUGACGGUGGACGGCAACCCCCUGGUGACACUGCCGGGUUCCCUGACAGGGUUGCCCAGCCUGCGGGUUCUCACCGCCAUGGACUGUCACCUGACCCACCUGCCCGCGCUGCAGUUCACAUCGCGCCCCAUGCUGCGUCUGGACCACAACACUGCACUCACCUACCUGCCAGCGCACGUGCUGCAGCACACUCGUGAUGUGCACUACAUCAGACAUGCAGAGUACUACAUCCUGGCGGCCAAGAAGCUACUGACCGAGCCCGUGGACUGCACCAGGUCAACAGGCUUAGUGCUGCGCGCGGGCCAGCGCACCCUAGCCAUGCCGUCCGCCUUGUGGCACGUGCACAGGCCACACGCGCGGCUCGUGGUGUCCCUGUACGAGCUGGCGUUGCGAGCAUCUCACCCCGUGGCAGCACGGCACGUGGCAUCGCUUCUGCCCACAAGUCUGCGCGAGGAACUACGCCGUGGGCCCACCGCGCACUGCUCUCGUCACGAGUGCCACGCGCCCAUCUACCACUACGCCACUCUCUGGGCGGUCGAGGAGCCUCACAUCAUCGCUGCUCUGUUCUUCUGCUCGCACCGCUGCUGCACGGCCUGCCGCGAGCCGUGCGAGGCGUCCCUCGUCUCGGUGGACUGGAGCUAGCACUGCACCACUCCUCGGUCCACAAUAACCAACACAUGUCUGCAAGAUAUGACAACAUGGAAAUGUGUCAAACUGGAUACAUAGUUCUCAAUAGUAGUACCAAUGUACAUUGUAUAUAUCUUGCUGCCAGUAGUAUUUCUAAACAAAUCAUUUGAUGAACAGUGUUCAUAAAUAAAUAAUGAUCUGGGCACUAAUGGCACUUCUUAUGAGAACUGUCAAAUAUGAAAAGUUACAAGAGACAUGCUGUAUCAGUGUCAUAUACAUAAAAAAUAUCAAUUUUUCUAUUAAAUAGUGCCAUAUUUCAACCUGUUUAAAAGUUAAAAUGUGGAGUUGACAUAAUAUGUUGUUUUUUUGCUCAUAGUGUGCACUAAGUGAUGAGCAUUCACGACAGUGUAGGGUUAGCGGGCACACACUGAAAAUACUAGAUACAUAACUUUUAAAAGUUUUUCAAAAUAAACUUUUCAACUUUUCAACUUGAGAAAUUUGUAAACAGACAGAACCAUUCUCAACAGAAAAAGUUCUUAGCAAUGGCGUAUGUCCAAAAACUUACAUCAAGUCAUGCACUCCCAUUGCACAAAUCUUUUAAAGAUAACAGAACCAUUCUCAACUUAAGAAAAUCGAAACAAGGUUAAUUACUUCAAGGAAUUUCAUGUCAAUUUCCAAUGUGACUUGUUCGAAGAGUUACUGUAUAUCUGCAAUCUGUACACUCAGUCGGUAGCUAAUUCGUCCAAGUAGCCUGACCGUUUACAAUGGUUGAAGUACCACUGCACUCCCACGGACCAAAUGUGGACGAUCUUGUUGGAAGAGAUGAGACUCGACCAUCUUUGUCAGAGCAAGGAAUAAGGAAAAUGUACAUAUUAUCACUUUGUUGAGAAUAAACUUUACAUUUGUUCCAA